CGCCAAUUACCAACCACAGGCUUCCUGCUGUGGGGAGCUGAUCCAGAAUUGUCUCUGGAAAGGAAGCGUGAGUCCUUCCCUCUUCUGAACUUCCCAAGUCCAUCCAUGAUUCAGAGAUACCGCCUUCUCCCUCUGGGAUUUUCUGUUUCUGGUAUUGAAUUGUUGUAUUUACUACUUCGUUGUCUUUCAAGAGCUGAUCAUUUAAUUUUCUGUACAGAAGCUGGGGGAAAGGACUUUUGUUAGAUUUCGGGGAUGAUUUUGGAUCUUUAAGCAUUUCUAGAGUCCUUGAGGACAGUAGCUCUCGUCCUGGAAUAAGUUUCUGCCUUUGACCUGCGUGGAUUGCUUUCUCAGGCUUCGGAAUUUCUCGGCACCUACCUGUAGUGUGUGCACUUGUCUGACUGCAGAGUGAGAAGGUGGAGGAAGACUGAGCCACACUGGGUUAAGCAGCUCAGAUCUUUUUAAAGCAGGAUUUAUAAAAGCAUAAUUGAAUUUGUUUCACCCCCGUGGAUUCCAGUGGGCCCGACAGCGCAACAGGUUUGCAGAUUUCUUUUGAAAUUCUUUUUUUGUUUUCUCCCUCCCUCUGUCUCAGCAAAAGUAAGGAGUCUAUAUAGCAGGUUCAUGUCCAGUGGCUUGGCUUUGAGCACUACUGAAGACUGUAGGAUUUUCACACUUGACCUCAGAAGGCAGUAGGCUUUGUGAGGGAAGUACAUUGAUAGUUACUUGAGCGUGCUCAUUUUAAAAUCUGAUGCUUAUACAAGAACCUGAAGUUUCAUAGGAGCCUAGAAAUACCCCAGAUCUGCUCUACUCUGCUUGAUCCCCUCCACCCAUGGUGCUCGACGUAGAGCCUGUGUCUUUCCCCCUAUCUUUUAUUCCCCACCCCCUCAAGGAAUUUGAAAACGUGUUAGGAACAGUCCUUUGUUUUCUUCUGAGUCCCAGAGAUUACAGAUUCUAAGGUCUGGAUAGUAGUUUCCACAGCACGUUGAGGAAAGCCAAAGUGCUUGAUAUUCUCAAGCUGGAGAAUAAAAUCUGGAAUCCCUGAGCAAGAAAGGAAAGUGGAAACAAAUUUGAACUGGGAAAUACCUGGAAAGCUGACCUCAUUGAGUAUCCCGAUAUGGGAGUUGGGAGAGGUUUUGGCAUUCAGAUUUACUCUGUCGGAUGUCAAAGAUAUAUGAAUCUGUGCCUAAUUUUACAGGUACUUUUGGUGGAACACAAAAAAAUAUAUUGAAGUUCUUUAAAAGUGUAUAAAUUCAGUAGGCCUAGCUCUGGGCUCUGCCGAAACACAGUCUAGCAUGGACGUUUUAAUGAAUUCAUACUGUCUGUAGCCACCUUAGGCAUCCCUCCAGGUGUGGCCUAAUUCAUUUCCACUCCUCUCCUAUUAAAAAGAAAACCCCCUCAUGGUCUUCAACCAUUUAAAACGGACCGUUUUUCUGGUUAACAAGGGCCAUCUUCUGAGCUCUGAGCUGGAGCUCUGCCUCCUCACUUUGAUGCACUGCUUAGCCGGCUCCCUUGGUUUUGGUUCCUCAACACUGGGUUUCGUGCCUCAGAAAUCGGAUACAUAUGGAAGACCAGCAGCAAGUGAUCUGACACACAACCAGUCCAUGCUGGCUCUAAGGCACAUUUGGAAAUUCCAGCGAGCAGUGGUGCUGUUUCUGUACCCACAGUGACGAUGGGAGAAAAUGACAUACCUGCCCCAGAAGUGGGCUGAAAACAAACAAACAAACCCUCUUCUCCUCCCAAUCAGGAAUGCCCCCUGUGCUUGGGAAUACACUGUAGAGACAGGAAGGACCAGAGCUCUGACUUGGCUUUCGGAAACUGAAACACAGCGUCUUUCCCCUCCAUUUUCUGGAUCUGAGAACCUGCCUUUGGGAUGAGCUAGUGGAAGCAGUAUGCAUGGCCGAAGAGCAUUGAUGCAGCUGGUAGCAUGAGUGGCGGCCAGCAGCUGCAGCUGGCUGCCCUCUGGCCCUGGCUGCUGAUGGCUACCCUGCAUGCAGGCUUUGGACGCACAGGACCCGUGCUGGCAGCAGCGGUGGAGUCUGAAAGAUCAGCAGAACAGAAAGCUAUUAUCAGAGUGAUCCCCCUAAAAAUGGACCCCACAGGAAAACUGAAUCUCACUUUGGAAGGCGUGUUUGCUGGUGUUGCAGAAGUAACUCCAGCGGAAGGGAAAUUAAUGCAGUCCCACCCGCUGUACCUGUGCAAUGCCAGUGACGACGACAACCUGGAGCCUGGCUUCAUCAGCAUCGUCAAGCUGGAGAGUCCUCGAAGGGCUCCUCGGCCCUGCCUGUCACUGGCCAGUAAGGCCCGAAUGGCUGGUGAGCGUGGAGCUAGCGCGGUGCUCUUUGACAUCACCGAGGAUCGAUCGGCGGCUGAGCAGCUACAGCAGCCGCUGGGACUGACUUGGCCAGUGGUGCUGAUCUGGGGUAAGGAUGCCGAGAAGCUGAUGGAGUUUGUGUACAAGAACCGGAAGGCCCAUGUGAGGAUUGAGCUGAAGGAGCCCCCAGCAUGGCCAGAUUACGACGUGUGGAUCCUCCUGACUGUGGUGGGCACCAUCUUUGUGAUCGUCCUGGCUUCAGUGCUGCGCAUCAGGUGUCGUCCCCACCGUAGCAGACCGGACCCUCUUCAGCAACGGACAGCCUGGGCCAUCAGCCAGCUGGCCACCAGGAGGUACCAAGCCAGCUGUAGGCGGGUGCGAGCCGAGUGGCCAGACUCAGGGAGUAGCUGCAGCUCGGCCCCUAUGUGUGCCAUCUGCCUGGAGGAGUUCUCAGAGGGGCAGGAGCUCCGGGUCAUUUCCUGCCUCCAUGAGUUCCAUCGUACCUGCGUGGACCCCUGGCUACACCAGCAUCGGACUUGCCCCCUCUGCAUGUUCAACAUCGUAGAAGGAGAUUCAUUUUCCCAGGGCCUGGGAGCCUCUCCAUCUUACCAGGAACCAGGCAGGAGACUCCAUCUCAUUCGCCAGCAUCCUGGCCAUGCCCACUAUCAUCUCCCCUCUGCCUACCUGUUGGGACCUUCCAGGAAUUCAGGGGCAGGCCCCCCAAGACCUAGGCCCUUUCUGCCCUCCCAGGAGUCGAGAAUGGGCUCUCGGCAUCAACGCCUCCCCAGGGCCUCACAUCACCGGGCCCCGGAAGAACAGCAGCACCUGGCAGUACCUCAGCACCCCUAUGUGCAGGGCUGGGGGCUGAGGCACCUCCGAUGUACCCCUCAGCACCCCACAGUUUGCCCAGCGGCCCUGCGUCGGGCCAGGCCUCAUGACAGCAGCGGGUCUGGAGAAAGCUACUGUACAGAGCGCAGUGGCUACUUGGCAGAUGGGCCAGCCAGUGACUCCAGCUCAGGGCCCUGUCAUGGCUCUUCCAGUGACUCAGUGGUUAACUGCACAGACAUCAGCCUGCAGGGCAUCCAUGGCAGCAGUUCGACCUUCCACAGCUCCCUGAGCAGUGACUUUGACCCCUUGGUGUACUGCAGCCCCGAAGGGGAUCUCCGAGGGAAAGGAACGCAACCUAGGGUGACCUCUCGACCCCGUUCCCUGGAGUCAGUGGUGCCCACUGGGGAGACUCGGGUUUCCAGCCACAGCCACUAUCACCGCCACGGCCACCACCACUACAAAAAGCGGUUCCAGUGGCAUGGCAGGAAGCCUGGCCCAGAAAAUGUCCCUCAGCCCAGGCCUACUGCUUCUCAGACUCAGCUCCAACCGGAGCCAUCUAUCUUGGACCCGAAGUUGACCACACCCAACCCGGCAGCUUCUUCACUGCUCCCCAACACACACCGGGCCAGAUCCCUUACAGAGCCAGCUCCUGGCCUAGCAGAAGCUGCCAGCCCCAACCCCAAUUCCAACCCCAACAGUCUUUUGAACUUGCAGAAAUCCAGCCUCCCUGUCCGACACCCACAGAGAAAACGGCGGGGUGGCGUCUCAGAACCCUUGCCAACCUCUCGGCCCCAGGACUUGACUGUGCACCCAGCUUGCCAGGUUUUUCCCCGUUACAGCCCCAGCCUAGCAUACCCUUGGCCCCCAGAGGCUCAUCCACUGAUCUUCAGACCUCCAGGCCUGGACAAGAGGCUGCUGUAUGAAGCCCCAGGCCCCUGUUACUCGCGGUCACAGCCAGUGUGGUUGUAUCUGCCCCCCCGCCAGCCUCUAGGACCAUGCUCUCCUGGAGAGGGACAUUCCGAGUGGAGUUCUGACAUGCCAGAGGGCAGAUCAUGCCCUUAUCCACACUGCCAGGUGCUACCAGCCCAGCCUGGCUCGGAGGAGGAGCUUGAGGAGCUCUGUGAACAGGCAGUGUGAUGUGAGAUGACCAGACAUAGCUCCAACCACGGGUGUGCUCCAGACGACUCAGGGUUCUACCCGGCACAGGGUUCUGCUCCUGGGAGAAGCCAGGGCCUCAGCAAGCCUCUCUUUUUGCCGCACUUCCUGGGACCAACGGAAGAAGAGUGGUGAUGGUGGGUGGCGGAGGUGCUGCUCCCUGCCCCCAGCUCCCAGGCUUGUCUGCAGAACACACCUACCGUGCAGAAGGUCCUGCGUCCAGCCAGACCGCCAGCCACGAUGCAGUUGUGGGGUGGGUCUCAAAAGGCUGAGCUUUUGACAGGAAGCUAGGGUAAAUGUCUAGGCGUCCUCAAGGUGCUGCUCUCCCCAGCCCAGCUGGGUCUCCUGCUGGCUCUCCUUUGCCCCAGGCCUCUGGUUCACACAAGCCAAUGGGUUCGACUGAGGGCAUGGCUGCCUCUCACCUCCUGCCAAGGCUUCUUGGGGGCGACUUCAGCUUGAUCAUUCCCGUCUUCACAAAAGAACAAGGGGAUUUGGUGAGCCCCUGUCCUUAGGGAGGUCUCUGCACCUUCUCUAGCCAGUGCCUGCCCUGGUGCUCAGGGAGGAGUAGUCUCGUUCCCUGUUCUUAAACUGAUCUUAAGUUGCAGGCUUCGGGAGCCAGGGUGUAGAGUUCGGUCCCAGAGGUGGGGACUUUUGACAAACCUGGGAUGAAUCUUUUGAUUAUCAAACUCCGUGUCACUCCAGCAACUCCAGUUCCUCUGAGGUAGAGAGCAGGAAGGGAGAGAGCAACUCCUCCUGGAAGCUCUCCUGUCUCUAAGUCCCACAGCAGGCAGAAAGGAAACUGACCACCUGGGAAGUGGAAAGCAAAACCGCAACUGAGCAAGGACAGAAUUUCUCUCGGAGUGAUUCUCAAAGAUGGAGAAUAGCAUAUGGCCUCGUGGGUUGGAGGGCCCAGAGCAAGCCAUACAACCCAACAGAAGGUGUACACGUGGAAUUAGAGCACUAAGUGGACAAGGGCUGAGGGGCCUCCUGUAGCUCUUCAUCCCAGGGCAUCCUGACCAUUGUUAGCCCCUCAGGCGUUAUCCUUGCCUGGAAUGUGAAUGUGGGGGCAAAAUGGGCAUGGGAUCCUACUUGGGAACCUUCUCUCCUCAGAGUCAGUGAGGAGACUGGCACCCAGGCACCCACAUAGGUAUUUAUAUCUGAACCAGACAGAAAGAUGCUUGAAUCAGGCACUAUGUUGAGAAAUGUAUUUAUUUGCUAAUAUAUUUAUCCAUAAAUAUGAUCUGGCUUUGUGGUUUUGUUUCAUUAUAAUUUUCCACUCAGGAUAACAAUUUUAUCUUCUCUCUUAACUUUUGUUGAAUUUUUGAGGCCCAGCCUGACUCAACUUAACUUUGCA